AUGAAUGAGGGUCGCGGCCACAAGCGGUUUAGGGAGGUGAUGCGCCCCGCCUUUGACGCGUCGGUGGUGGCCGGAAGCUUCCUGCCCGACAUCGCCGCCAUCGUGGCGGGCGCGCUGGAGGCCGCGGCGGCGGCGGGCGGGCCGGUGUCGGGCUACGGGGCGAUGAAGCGCCUGACCUUUGAAGUGAUCAUGAACGUCAUGAUGGGCAAGGCGUACCCUCCUGCCGAGGUGGACCGCCUGCACCACCUCUUCAACGAGUUCACAGCCGGCAUGGCCAGCUUCCCCCAGAUGGACCUGCCAUUCCUGCCAUAUGGCAAGGCCAUGUCAGCGCGCCGGCAGCUGCUGGAUAUCUUUGACCGGGACAUGGCAGCCGCACGCGCGGCGGCGGCGGAGGGGCGGCCGGUGGCCGGGCAGCUCGGAAUCAUGAUCUCUGCGCUGGACGAGGAUGGCAACACGCUCAUGGAUGACCGCGCCGUAAAGGAGAUACUCUUGGGCCUCCUCUUCGCCGGCCACGACACAACGUCCACCUCCCUCACCCGGCUCAUCGCGACCCUGCACGACCACCCGGAAGUCACCGAGAAGCUGCGGCGGGAGCAGGAGGUUUUGGUGGAGAAGCAUGGCAGGGGCGUCAGCCCGGGGCUGAUGCGGGACAUGGUGUACGCUGACGCCGUCAUCAGGGAGUCCAUGCGGCUCAACCCCGUGACCAACGAGCUCUUCCGCUCCGCCAUCCGUGACUUUGAAAUGGGCGGCGUCCGCGUGCCGGCCGGCGCGUCCAUCUCACUGCCCAUGGCCACGGUCACCGCCUCCGACCCCCGCUGGGCCGGCAAGACUGGGGAGAUGGACCCCAACGUAUUCAACCCCGAGCGCAUGCUCACCCCUGAGGGCCUGAAGCCGGGGGACCAGAUGCCGUUUGGGCACGGGGGGCGCCACUGCCUGGGGGUACACCUGGCAAUGGCUGAGAUGAAGGCGUUUUUGGCGCUCAUGGGGCAGGGGUACCGGAUCGAGGCGGACACCAACACCGAGUGGCAGUACGGCGUGGGGCGGGUGCCGAAGAACGGGCUGCCCAUGGUGGUCACGCGGCUGUGA